AUGGCACACGCCUCGACCGAACGUUACCUCGCCGACGGGUCGCACUACGGGGCCUCGCAAGUGCAUUCACCCAACGCGUUGUCGAGCGCAUCAACCAACUCGCCGCAAAUCUCCUACUACACCUCGACGCUCAGCUCCGACUACUCCCACGUCGUAGCCCCUUCGAUGGCGUCGACACCCCAGCUUGUUUCCAGACCUGAUAUCAAGACCAAGCUCGUUUGCGUUGGGGAUGGUGGCGUCGGCAAGACUUGUCUGUUGAUGGUCUACUCGGGGCACCCCUUUCCAACCGUCAGUUCCCUGCACCCUCGUCAUGACUAUUCAUGGCCCGAUGCUGUGAUAUGAGCUGUACGAUGCGCCGAAGGAACUUCAGAAGCUCACCCGCCCGAUGCACCUCCGUACAGGACUAUUGCCCGACCGUUUUCGAGAACUACGUCACGAACGUCUCAUUCGAGGACAAGGUUGUCGAAUUCGCGCUCUGGGACACGGCCGGACAGGAAGAGUACGAUCGACUACGUCCGCUCUCUUACCCCGAAAGUCACGUCAUCUUCAUCUGCUUCUCGUGCGAUUACCCACCGAGUUUGGAGAACGUCGAGGACAAGGUAGGUGCAAGGAUCCGCGAAUGAGAAUUCCAGGUCACACUGACUGAUGAACUCCUUCCCCGCAUCUAACGCCGCACAGUGGGCACCCGAGGUCUCUCAUUUCUGUGAGGGCGUGCCCAUCAUUCUCAUCGCGACCAAAAUCGAUCUCAGGUCGGACCAACAUGCUCGGGACCUGCUAGCGGCCCAAGGUCGACAUCCCGUCACGACAGAAGAAGGACAGGCGGUGGCACAAAGGAUCGGUGCAAGCUAUGCCGAGGUGUCGGCGAUGCACCGGAGAGGGGUCGAUGAGGUGUUUCAAUUGGCUUUGGACCUCGCUAUAAAGGGGACAAGUAGGAUCGGGCUCGGUGGGGCCGCGUACGAGGGGCCAAGGCGCAAGAUUCGCCGGAAACUAAACUGCACGAUCCUGUGA